AUGGACCGCUUGCGUGGUGCCGUCCACGUCGCGUCUUCAAAGUUGGGACGUAGCAACCCAGCUUCAGCAGCCACCGAAACCGUACCACCACAAGAUGCUGCCAGAACAGCGGCGCGACCACCGAUCGAGGAACCGGCAUCGAUUCAUCCUCCUACCUUGCGAGACGAGCCGAAUCCUGGAGUUAGACGCUUGCCUGCUGCGAGGGACGACAAUGUUUAUCUCCCCAGCAUUCGACUUCUUCGUCACAGGAAUGAUACUCCUAGGCCUGAGGCGAACAUUGGCGCAGUCCACGACUAUGCCACUAAUCCCAGAGAAACGGAUGAGACCGAUAAUGGCAGGGUAGGAAACUUGUGGAACAAAACUCGUCACUUGCUAGGUUUGGGCCACACAGAAAGAGAUCCUAUACAGCCUGAAAGGGACUACAAUGCAGGUAUGGUUGAUGCACUCGACGCAUUGGAUCCUGAAGUUCAAACUCUGAUAUCUCUGACCAACGUUCAAAACUCGCUUUUCGUUCCCGACUUGGGUAAAUAUGUGAAUAGAAGACCGACAUUCUCACUCACAAGCUUCUUGCAAGAUGUUGAACAGAAACUGAAGCCGGGAGAGAAGGAAAAACAGAAGCAGGAAAAACCGCCAAAGGUAACACGGCCUGCACCCAUAUACCGAGCUCCUACCGGUGCCACAAUCAACUCCCAGCUCAGUGAUUCUCGAUAUGCGGUCCUUCCUGAAGGAGCAUCGUUGUCAGGGUGGACAUAUCAAGAGCGAUUAGAACUCAAUGAUCAUGUUCGACAUAUGCUUCACUCACGCCGGUCGAAAUUCAAAAGGUCCAUGAAAGGGUUUCUGCAAUAUGUUCGCCAACCUCUGGGCUUCUGCAUCACACUGUAUGCGACUUUGAUCACGCUUUUUGGUCUGGCCUGGGUUCUCUUCCUCAUCGGCUGGAUAAACGUCGGUGGCAAGCAACUGUAUGUCAUCAACGUGAUUGACAACGUCCUUGUUGCACUCUUCGCCAUCGUCGGCGACGGCCUAGCCCCUUUCCGGGCUGUUGACACGUACCAUAUGAUCUUCAUUGCUCACUACCAUCACCUCACCUGGUCGACCCGCAAGAAGCAUAACAUGCCCAAAUUGAGAAACCGCAACGAUCUCCCUACCGAGAUGCCGCCGCCUGUGGUCCCCAAACCCAAACCACGCCGCCGUGAUCGAGUACUCAAUAAAGCAGCUGCGAAACUCCACCUGAAGAAACGAUUCGGCUUGAAGGAGGACCUCGAAGAGCCGGGCGAGUAUAGCGUACUAAACCACAAGCAGCAGCGACUCUUGGACUACCAUGGCGCCAAGUUCAACAAAUCGCACACGUUCUACAAACCGCACGAGACGGAGACGCACCACGCGUUCCCCCUGCGACUCCUGGUCGUCAUCGUGGUUCUGCUGGACUGUCACUCCCUCUUGCAGAUUGCCCUAGGCACCGUCACGUGGAGCAUCGACUACCAAAAACGUCCUUUUGCGUUGACGACGGUCAUUUUGUGUUGUUCGAUCACUUGCAAUGCCACGGCCGGGCUGCUGAUUUGGAUCGGCGAUCGCAGAACACGCAAGAAUGAUGUGUUGGAGCGCAUCAAUCGGCAGGAGUUGACACAGGAGGCGAUGGAGAAGAUGAAGAAGACGUACGCCAACGGUGAUGGAGAUAUCUGA